GACUUGCCAGCGCUGACCCGAGGGGAGCCUGGAGGGGCCACCUAAGCGCUGCACAAGGAACUUUCCAACGCUGUAGACGAAAUAUAAGGAAAAAGAAUACAGACAAGCAUGGAAAGUGAAGACACAAAGAAAACACAAGAAAUGAAGACUGACCUGAACUUACUAUUGGAGUGUCUAAAGCACCAAAUGGACAAUGCUUUUUCACAAAAGGAAGCUUUGGUCACUAUUCAUUCAAUUUGUCAACAAAACAGUAAUGCAAGUGUUUAUUUUCGGGAAAUUGGUGGUUUGAUGUUUGUAAAAAAUCUUGCAAAGUCAAGUGAACAUAGCAUGGUAAAAGAAGCAGCCUUAUAUACAUUAGGAGCUAUUGCAGAAAAAAAUGUUUACUGUCAGCAGACUUUGUGUACUUCAGAGUUGUUUGAAGACUUAACUUGGUUCUUAUCUAAUGAUUCAAACAUAAAUUUGAAAAGAAUGUCUGUUUAUGUUAUUUUGGUUCUGGUUUCAAAUAACAGGACUGGCCAAACACUUGUGAGAGAAACAGGUUGUAUUACAGUUCUGUCACAGUUAUUCAGGACAAUUCUUUCAAAACAUGAGUUGGAUUUGUCAGAUAAAAAUGUUUUCCAGAGUUAUCAGUUAUGGUCUUCAGUAUGUAGUACUCUGUGUGUCUGUGUCAACAAUCCUCAAAAUGAUGACAAUCAAAUGUUUUGCUGUUCACUUUUUCCACAUGCUAAUGAUUGGCUAAAAAAUUGCAUGAAACCUGAGAUAAUUCGCCCUAUUUGCUCAUUUAUUGCACUCACUCUUGCAAAUAACACAUAUGUUCAGAAAUACUUUAUAUCUGUGGGUGGACUGGAUGUAUUGGCUCAAGUUCUCAUGCAACUGGAAUCUGAUUCACAUGAGACUCUUUCCAGUGCUAAACUUGCAGUGGUUGUGACAAAGACCAUGGAUGCAUGCAUUGCAGAUAAUCCUACUUUUGGGAUAGUACUCUGCAAGUACCACAUUGUUUCAAAACUUCUGGCAUUACUGCUUCAUGAAAGUCUGGAUUCAGGAGAAAAAUUUAGCAUUAUGCUCACUCUUGGUCAUUGCACAGAGGAUUGUGAGGAAAAUCAGUAUGACCUGUUUAAACACAAUGGCCUUCCACUCAUGAUUCAAGCCUUAACUGAAUCUCAGAAUGAGGAACUGAACAAAGCUGCCACAUUUGUGCUUUACAACUGCAAAAAAAUUACUGAGAAAUUAUCUCUCAGUCUAGGAGAAUAUCCUUUUGAUGAAAAUGAAACACAGCAAUUAAAGGACAUAAAUGUGAAUGAGAAGAAUUUCGAAGAGCACUGGAAGAAAGCAAAGGAAAUUCUACACAGAAUAGAACAGCUUGAAAGAGAAGGAAAUAGGGAAGAAAUACAAAGAGAAAACUAUCAGGAUAAUAUUUCAUCUAUGAACAUAAAUAUUCAGAACACAUGGAAAAAUCUCCAUGGAGAUCAUAUUGGUCUAGGUACCAAAGCAGAAGACACGGAUAAAAUCCAUUCUAGACAGCUUCAGAGUUUUAAGUCCCAUGGAGUCAUGUCUAAAGCAUGUACAAAUGAUCAAAUGAAGACACUGCUAAAGAGUGCAAAUCCAGUUCAUGCUUGUUAUAGGCAGAGUGAGCGAAAUAAGACUUUAUAUAAAGCCAAGUCAAGCUGCAAUCAAAACUUACAUGAAGAAACUACUUUUGAAAAUAAUUUUGCUUCUCAAUCAAGUGACCAUGUUUUUAAACAUCCAGUUCACAUUGCCAAAAAUAUAAAGCAGCAGUUACCAGUAACAGAUCCAUUUACAUUAUGUUCAGAUAUAAUAAAUAAAGAAGUAGUCAGUUUUUUAGCAACUGACAGUUGUUCCAAAAUGUUGACAUAUAGGUGCUCAGGUUGCAUAGCAGUAGAAAAACCCCUGAAUAGCCGAAACUUUAGCAAGCUCUUGCACUCUUGCCCAUACCAGUGUGAUCGUCACAGAGUCAUUGUGGAAGCUGAAGACAGAUAUAAAAGUGAACUAAGGAAAUCACUUAUCUGUAACAAAAAAAUUCUGCUGACCCCACAUAGAAGACGGCGACUCAGUAAUGAAUCUGCUACCCCUGGAGGAAUAAAAACAAGAAGAAUUCGCAAAAACUUUACUGAAGAAGAAGUAAAUUACCUUUUCAAUGGAGUUAAGAAAAUGGGAAAUCACUGGAAUUUAAUUUUGUGGUCUUUCCCCUUUCAGCAAGGACGGAAGGCUGUGGACCUUGCUCACAAAUAUCACAAGCUGACCAAACGCCCCGAAUGUGCAGCUUCUUGAUUGGAAGAAGACUGUCGGUUUUUAGUUUGGAUUCUUAAAAUACAUUGCCUUGAAAGAUACAACAUUACAUUUAAAGUAUGUUUCUAAACUCUUAUGAGAAGGAAUGUGGAAAUGAGGAUACAGUUUUCAUUAAACAGUUUUUGUGAUGCUGAAACUCAUCACAUUAUUACAGUGAUUUAUAAAGCAGAUAUAUUUUCAGUAUACAGAUUAGGAAGCUAAAAUUCCUUCAUAAGAUCAAAGAUUUGUUUAGGACUAUGCUUUUAUUUUUCCUUAAGCUUAAAGGACAUAGAGAAAAGAAUGAUGAGCCUUUAAACGUUAUUUGGCAUUAUAUUGCAAUAAAUACUAUGUGAGA